UGAUUUAAGUUAACAAACCCCACAGAAUAGAGGCAAAGGUUCCGGAGAGAGAGUGAGACUGAGACUGGUUUAUUUAAUGCUGCAGUUGGGUGCAGUUGUGAAGAAGCCAGACCUCCAUUACUCCAUCGCCAAUUAGCCACACACGCAUCAACACAUUGCAACAUUAAUAUUACUUAUUACGAUCAGAAUUCACAAAGUGGAAAGUGGAACCACAAACACAAGAAAAACGAGAACAACUAACAUGAACUAUAGUGAUGCUGAGAUCAGAAAACAAGGCCAGCUAGUGAAGAAGCGGAAUCAUAAUAAUAAUAAAGGCAAAGAUCAAACAUUACUGAGUUACUCCAACAAGAAGAAGAAGAAGAUGUUGCGUCAUGAAAGGAAACGGUACCCUCUCUUGUGUUUCUGGGAGCUUCCAGAGUAUAUGAAGGAUAACGAAUACAUUCUGCGUUAUUACAGAGCCAAUUGGCCUCUCAAACAAGCUCUCUUCAGCGUUUUCCGUUGGCAUAACGAGACUUUGAAUGUUUGGACGCAUUUGCUUGGGUUUCUUCUCUUUCUGGGAUUGACUCUCGCCAAUUUGAUGAAGCCUGGUGUCGUCGAUCUCUUAGGCCUAUUUUCCAGGUCAUUCUCUUCAAGUGCGGAAAAGAAUGUUUCC